UUCUACUUUCGCUUUAUAUAUAAUGUCAUAACAAGAUAAUGUAAACAUGGCAAAACGGUCAUCGAAGCAGGAGCAGGCAAUUGGAAUUACAAUGGAUAGUGAUGAAACUCGGAGUUCUAUUCCUCGGGUUUUGCGAUAUGCUUUGAUAAACAAAGACUUGUACUCAAAGAAAGGAAAAGAUUUACCAGAUGAUUUUGUAAAAUACUUUAUUCCAGAAUCUGAAUGGUUUCAAAAGAAGAAACGAGAUAAAGCGAAUGACUGGAUGCAAUGUCAAAAAGAAUCCGGACAAACGUUUAUACAGUGGCAACGUUCUGGUUGCUCUUUACCAUUCGGUAGACGUACAUCAAUAUACCUCCUUCCGUUAGCAUUCAUUGAAGAUCCAAUACCCAAAGAAAUUCUUGAUCCUCUCAGAGCAUUUGCAGAAGUUUUCUUUCAAAUCCCAGUGAAAAUAAUGGGCUCAAAAAAGCUAAAUAAAGAAGUUCCGAACAGGAUAAAUGAAUAUUCAAAUACAUACCAAGUGGAUGCUGGGAAAGUUUUAGAGAUAAUGAAACCAUUGGUGCCCGGUGAUGCAUUCUGCGUUGCUGGCAUUACAAUGUGUGAUUUAUAUCCGAGAGAAUCAUGGAAUUUUGUCUUCGGACUAGCCAACUUGGCUGGAAACUGCGGAGUAUAUUCUUUGGCUCGUUAUCUAAGUAACUUUGGUAAGACACAGACGACAGUUUAUGAGCCAGCAAGUGAAGAAGGUGGAAAAUCAACAAUUUUUAAGAGAGCAUGUAAAACAAUGUGUCAUGAGAUUGGUCACAUGUUUGGAAUAAAACAUUGUAUAUACUAUGAGUGUUUGAUGAAUGGAUCAAACAAUUUAGAAGAAUCUGAUGGACGACCUCUAUUCCUCUGUCCUGUUUGUUUAAGGAAGCUCCAAUUUUCGUGCAAGUUUGAUAUUGAGGAAAGAUAUAGACAGAUGAUUCCAGUUUUGGAGUGUUUCGGUCUUACAGAUGAUGCAAAUUGGCUGAAGACAAGACUCACAAGACUAGAAUCACUGAAGAAAGACCGAUCGAACGUAUUUUUAGACUUUAAAAUGGCAAAGGCAAAAGUUUGUUCAGAACAUAACCACUUUGAGGCAAUUGGACUCACUUUACAUAAGGGAAUGGCAAGGGGUUCUUCUACGAAUGAAGAGUAUGGUCUGAAGUACAAAGAUGUAGUGUAUGUUAUGAAGUACAAAGAUAAGUACCCAAAGAGAGGAGCAGAUUUACCCUUGGAUUUUGUAAAAUAUUUCAUUCCAUACUCUACGUGGUUUGAAAAGAAGAAAAAAGGCAGAAAAGAUGAUUGGUUGGCAAAGAACAAAGAACCAAGUCAAUCAUUUAUACAGUGGCUCCAGUGUGGUAUUGCAAUGCCAUUUGGAAGAUUUAGAACAAUAUAUAUUUUCCCGAUAUUCUUUGCAGAAGAACAUGUGCCUAAGGAAAUUCUAGGCCCUCUAAAAACAUUCGCAGAAAUUUUCUUUCAACUCCCAGUGAAGACUAUGAAAAGAAAGAAUUUAAGUGCCGAGGUUACCAAUAGAAUAGAUGAAGUGUAUCAGGCAGAUGCUCAUAGCAUUGUUGACAUUAUGAACCCAUUGGUGCCAAGUGAUGCAUUCUGUGCCGUGGGAAUUACAAUGUGUGAUUUAUACCAUGAAACAUCAUCUAAUCUCUUUGGACAUGCAGUUUUAUCAGGAAAAUGUGGUGUGUGUUCAAUAGCUCGCUAUCUCAGUAAUUUUGGAAAGACUGAGACAUCAGUUUAUGAAAAAGAAAGAGAAGAAGAUGGAAAAUCAAUGAUAAUCAAAAGAAUCUGUAAGACAAUGUGUCAUGAGAUUGGACACAUGUUCGGAUUAAGACAUUGUGUAUUCUACGAGUGUUUGAUGAAUGGAUCAAACAGUUUGGAAGAAGCUGAUAGACAUCCAUUAUUCCUUUGUCCUGUUUGUCUUAGAAAACUUCAGUUUGCAUGCAAAUUCAACAUUGAAGAAAGAUAUAAACAGAUGGUGCCAUUUUGUUUGUCACAUGACAUGACAAGUGAGGUUCAUUGGUUACAGACUAGAUUAGAAACGUGGGAGAAAGAAUAAUGAAAUUGUUGGUUUAAAUAUAAUGCAUUUGAAUCAAAACUAAACUUUUACUCUGUUAAAUUAGUAUCUAACACAAUGAUGUUUCAACUAAACAAAUCUUAAACAUUCUAGGGAAA